AUGAAGAUUUUGAACUGUCCAAUACUUCUUCUCACCUUCAGCCUGGGCAUUUGUGACUCGGCAUUUGCACUAUGGCCAAUUCCUCGCUCACUUCAAACAGGCUCUACUCUGGUGAAAUUAUCUCCUGGAUUUGAUAUUCACGUCAAUGGAAUCUCGAAGGUGCCUCAGGAUCUUCAGGACGCCAUUUCGCGUACAAAAACGCGUUUGCGAUCCGACAAACUUCAAAGGCUUGUUGUUGGGCGCGGUGCUACUGAUAGCGCUGCGUUAGCACAUGCACCAUCCCUUUCAAAGUUGACUCUUUCCUUGACAUCAAGUGCCGGAAAGACCAUCAAUUCCAUUAUGCAAGAGGCCACAAAAGAUAUUGAGAAAAGGAGCGAAUCGUACUCCUUAGAAUUACCGAGCUCGAAUGGAGGCACAGCUACCAUCACUGCUAACUCGGCUUUAGGGUUGUUCCGCGGAUUAACCACCUUUGAGCAACUGUUUUACGACGAUUCUACAGGAGUCACUUACACUUUCCAAGCACCAGUGACCAUUACCAAUGACUCCCCAGCAUACCCUUACCGAGGCUUCAUGUUGGAUACAUCGCGAAAUUUCUUCGCUGUUAGCGACAUCAAACGGACUUUGGAUGCCAUGAGCAUGGUUAAAAUGAGCCAAUUCCAUUGGCACGUUACCGACUCUCAGAGCUUCCCAUUGACCAUCCCCGGAUUUCCUGAAUUGUCACAAAAAGGGGCAUAUUCUAGCCAAGAGAUUUACUCUAGUGAAGAUGUUCAGGACAUCGUUACUUAUGCCGGUGCUCGGGGAAUUGAUGUUCUAGUAGAAAUUGACACACCUGGACACACAGCCGUAAUAUCGACCUCGCAUCCAGAGCAUAUCGCAUGUGCUCAAGCUACACCAUGGGAGUCAUUUGCAAAUGAACCGCCAGCUGGGCAGCUACGCCUUGCCUCUGCGGCUACCACCAACUUCACUGCCUCUUUAAUCACGUCCAUCGCAAAGACACUUCCAUCAACAAUGUUCAGUACAGGUGGUGACGAGCUCAACGUUAACUGUUACACACAAGAUGCCCAAACCCAAGCAGAACUCAAAGCAUCUGGAAAAACUUUGGAACAAGCUCUUGAUACGUUUACACAAGCAACGCAUGAUGCCCUAAAAAGUAUUGGAAAGACUCCCGUUGUUUGGGAAGAGAUGGCACUUGAGCAUAAUGUUACCUUGUCAAAUCAAACAGUUGUUAUGGUCUGGAUUUCAUCUCAAAAUGCAGCAGCUGUGGCUGCCAAGGGUCUCAGACUUGUUCAUGGACCUUCUGACUUCUUCUAUCUGGACUGCGGUGCUGGGGAAUGGAUUGGAAAAGACGCAACGGCAAAUAGCUGGUGUGACCCUUUCAAGUCAUGGCAAAAGGCAUACACCUUCGACCCUCUAGCCAAUCUCAGUGCUGCUGAAGUGCCUCUUGUUCUUGGAGGAGAGCAACUUUUAUGGGCAGAACAAUCUUCACCGGAAAAUCUUGACAGCAUCGUCUGGCCACGAGCGGCAGCUUCUGCUGAGAUAUUUUGGACAGGCGCAAAACUCCCUGACGGCACUCCAAUUAAUGGCCAAUCUGCAUUGCCUCGCCUGCACGACCUACGCUUCAGGAUGGUGCAAAGAGGAAUCAAUGCUAUCGCUCUUCAGCCCCAAUGGUGUGCUUUGAGGGAUGGGCAGUGCAACCUCGAUAAUUGA